CCUACAGAUGGAUCCAGUAACAGAAAUCCCCCAGAGAGAUGUCCCCGUCCUCUGUAUUCCCGGGACUCCACACAGGAGGAUCAGGAGAUCCCUCAGGAGGAUCAGGAGAUCCCUCAGGAGGAUCAGGAGAUCCCUCAGGAGGAUCAGGAUGAAGAUAUUGACAGCAUCAAAAUUGAAGUAAAAGAAGAAGCAGAAGAGAUGAAUGAGAGCGAUGAUGAUCCAUAUAAAGAGGAGGGAAGUCCUCCACAGAUCAGCACAGAUGGAUCUAGCAACAAAAACACCCCAGAUAGAUGUCCUCUGGAUUCCCAGGAUUCCACAGAAGAAGAUCAGGAGAUAUCGGAGGAUGAUCAGGAGGAAAAAGUUAUUUGUAUUAAAGUAAAAGAAGAGGAGACGGAUGUAAAGGAGGAUGAGCAGCGGAAAGAAAAGGAAAUUCUUGUAGAGAUUGGAACGGAUGGACAAUACAAAGGGUGCAAUAAAGGGAGAUGUCCCAUUGGCUCUGAAAAAGAAGAUGAUGAUGUCACAGAAGGUCACCCAGGAAAAAAAUCCAAUCCCGAAAAACUCCACCCAUUACAUCACGGCAUAGAUCCAUCCUCCAAUCCCUCUACAUGUGAGGACGGCUUUGCUGACAUCCCACCCCCCAUUGCCCAUCCUACAGCCCAUGAAGACGGUGAAAGCUUCCAGUGUCCCGAGUGUGGCGAAUGCUUUGCGAGGGAAGUAGAACUCAUUUCGCACCAAGGGACGCACCCGGCGGAGAAGCCAUAUUCAUGUCCAGAGUGCGGAAAGUGUUUUGCUCAAAAAUCUUUCCUUCGGAGACAUCAAACAAGGCACAGCGGCGAUAAGCCGUUUUCAUGUUCGGAGUGCGGGAAGUGUUUCACACAGCGGUCAGAUCUUGUAAGGCACCAGAGGACUCAUUCGGGAGAGAAGCCGUACUCCUGUGCCAUUUGCAGUAAAAGUUUUUCCCAGAAAUCGUUCGUCCUUCGGCACGGAAAAGUUCACACCGGUGAGAAGCCACACUCUUGCCUGGAAUGCGGAAAGUGUUUCACCGAAAGGUCAUCUCUGAUCACCCAUGAGAGAAGCCACACAUCCGAGAAGCCUUUUUCCUGUCCCGAGUGUGGAGAGUGUUUUUCCCGUAAGGACACCCUAGUUUCACAUCAGAGUUCUCACACGGGGGAGAAGCCAUAUGCAUGUUUGGUGUGCGGGAAAUGUUUUUCUUGGAAGUACCAACUUAUUAGACACCAGAGAAUCCACACGGGCGAGAAGCCGUUUUCCUGCUCCAUGUGCGGGAAGUGCUUUGCCGACAGGUCGAACCUCACCAACCACGAGAGGACUCACACGGCUGAGAAGCCCUAUUCGUGCGCCGAAUGCGGCAAAUGUUUUACCCAGAUUGGCCACCUUAUCACACAUCAGAAGACUCACUCCGGGAUAAAGCCCUUUACCUGUUCUGUGUGCGGCGAAUGUUUUUCUCGCAAGUCGUCACUUCUCAGACACGAAAGAGUUCACACUGGGGAGAAGCCAUAUGCCUGUUUGGAAUGUGGGAAGCGUUUUACCGAUCGGUCCUACCUCACCAUACAUCACAGGAUUCACACUGGCGAUCGGCCUCAUUCCUGUUACUAUUGCGGGAAGGCUUUUACCGACAAAUCAGAUCUGAUUAAGCAUACUAAACGAGUUCACGCCCAGGAUCCGGGCAAUUCAUCUUUCUUACCCCAACUGUAAGGAAUAACUGUAAUUACCCUGUUUCCCCAAAAAUAAGACCUACCCUGAAAAUAAGACCUAGCGUUAUUUUCCAGGAUGGCUGCAAUAUGAG